GCCCGGACACUCCCUCCUCGCCAGGCUAAUUAGACGAGCAGAGAGGCUGAUACUCUCAAAGCCACACUUGCUCUCCCACCACGGCUUUCCCCCUCUUCAACCCCCAGGGUCCACACACACACACUUGCGCUUACAAAGGCUUUGAGUGAGGAAGAGCUAUCGGAAAAUGGAGGAGACCUAUCUAUUGAAGCACCCUGGGGUCAAGAAGAAGAUCCUAGCUGGAGGGACCGGGCCGCUGCCCCACUUCCCACCCAGCACUAAGAUUGUUUUCCAUUUCCAAACUCUGAAGGACAACUUUGAGCGCACGGUCAUCGACGACAGCCGCCUGGCCAAGCGCCCCGCUGAGAUCUUCGUGGGGAAGAUGUUCAAGAUGGAGGUGUGGGAGGUGCUGCUCAUGUCCAUGAGGGUCGGAGAGGUGGCCGAGUUUUGGUGUGACGCCAUGCACACAGGGCUGUACCCCAUGGUGUCAAAGAGCAUGCGGCUGAUCGCCCAGGGUAAAGACCCUCUGGAGGGUCAGAGGCACAUGUGUGGCAUGGGGAACAUGUUCAACUACGGCUCCACAGGCUGGCCUGAGCUGGACGAACUGAUGAGGGAGCCUCAGGCACUCAUCUUCAUCAUGGAGCUGGUCCAGGUGGGAGACCCCUUGUCCUACAAGCGGGAGUCAUGGAUGAUGGAGAAAGACGAAAAGCUGAAGGAAGUGCCGUUGCAGCACAUGCAAGGCAACGCCCUGGUCAGACAGGGCCGCUUCAAAGAGGCCUCCGUUAGGUACCAGGAGGCCGUGCUGCUCCUGAGGACCGUCCAAUCACGGGAGAUGCCUGGAGAUGAGGACUACAUCAACCUGAGUCGCCUCAUCAUCCCCCUGGUGCUCAACUACUGCCAGUGUAUGCUGGAGCUCAACGAGUUCUAUGAGGUGAUACUACACACCUCGGAACUCUUGGACAAGCAUAAAGACUGUGUGAAAGCCUACUACAAGCGAGCUAAGGCUUAUGCAGCCGUGUGGGAUGAGAAGGAGGCCAGGAAGGACUUCAACAUGGUGGCCAGUCUGGACAUCAGCCUCGCCCCUCUGAUCCACAAGGAGCUGAAGAACCUGUCUGAACGCAUGAAGGAGAAGUACUGGGAGGAGAAGGAGAAGUACUGGAACAUCCUGGAGACGGAGAAGAAGGAUGACAAGGAGGAGGAGGAGGAGGAGGAGGUGGAGGUGGAAGAGGGCAAGGCAGGUAAAGAGAGAGAGCCAGGUGAAGAUGAUCAGAGCACAGCAACCGUAGUGGAGGAGGGGCGGAAGCCCAGGGAGGACUCAGACCCACAACAGGAAGUCAAAGAAGUCAUGCAGGCUGAGACGGAAGUAGCCAAUGAGGAGGUGGAAAGCAGUCUGGACACUAAGACAGAGACCAAUCAGAUCUCUCCGUCCGUGACGGAGGGAAAGGAUUGGCAGCAGAUGUUACUCCAGAUCAAGUUCCUGCAAGACGAGGGCAACUUCCGUUUUAAAGAGCAUCGAUAUGAAGAGGCUUCUGGGAAAUUCAAGGAGGCGCUUGAGUAUGUGGAUUUCCUUCAAACCAAGGAGGUGAAAUAUAAAGGGGAGGACUGGGAGUCUCUGGAGAAGGUGCGCCUGCCUCUCACGCUCAACCUGAGCCAGUGCAUGCUGGAGCUGAGGGACUACCAACACGUUGUGGAGCUCAACGACAAGCUGCUCAAGCAGAACAGAGGUAAUAUCAAGGCCUUGUACCAGCGUGCCAGGGCGCACUCUGCCCUGUGCAACGAGGAGGAGGCUCGCAGGGACUUUGUCAAGGUGGAGCGUCUGGACCCAAAGUUUAAACCCAUCGUCCGCCAAGAGAUGAAGAGGUUGGGGGAGAACAUGCGGGCCAAGCACGUGAGGCAGAAGAAGACCUACUGGGACAGCACCCAGGAGAAGUGGGGGCCCGGGGGAACCAAGGCCAGUCAGAUGCAGACGAGCAAGACAGCGGAGAAGAAGAUGGGUCCCAAAGAAGUAGAAGGGGCAAAAGUGGAGAAGAAGAAAGUGGGAAGAGAGGAAGGAGACCGUGGAAAGAGUGUGCCAGAAAGCGCUGUGACCGCUGUAAAAGAGGAUGAAGCGAAAGACAAGAAGACAGAGGGAACAUUAGAGGAGGAAAAGACUAAAGGCAAAGUCAGGUUUAGUGAGGCAGUGUAUGAGGGGGAGGCAAACUGUGGAGAGAAUAAAGCAGAGAGUGUGGGAGUCCUGGGGGAAACUCAGGCAGGGCCAGAUAACAGAGGAGCACAUGAAGAUACAUCUCCAGCAGCAGCCACAGCAGCCAAAGAUAAUGUAGCUACCAGGAGAUCAGGGGCAGAUAAGAGCGGGAAGAAGGUCAAAUGCCAAUCAAGUGCUGCACAGGGAAAUGCUAAGGGAGGCCCAGGGAACAAAGGAACCAACGACAAUACAGGGUCUGGGGCAGGCAUUCAAUCAGGAUCGACUAAAAGGAGUCAGUUAUCUGGGACUAACCCGAAUGCUCCAGAGGUGGCAGGGGAGGGAGAAAAGUCAGUAACACAGAAAAACACAUCUAAGGUGGAGGAAGAAGGGAUGAGACCUGUGGAGGGAGGGAACGACAUGGAGGGAGAGAAUUUGGAUGAACAGCAUUAUGAGGUGACAAGCAAAACCGAGCCUGAGGUCUCCACACAAAGUAUUGAUUCCUCCACCAAAAAAUCAAAGCGUAAACAGAAAAAGAAAAAGUAAAUAUCAACACCUUAUGUCUGUUGUUAAGUUUUCUUUCUCAUAACUCAACUCAAUUAAAUGACAGGGGAAAUAGCAAAAAGAAAUAGCAGUGGGUACAGACACCGUUUAUACCAAAUACAAAUUUUAUUUCUGUACACAAAGAGUACAAAGCAGCCAGUAACUUGUUUUUAAAAAGCCUCUCUGUCACAAAUAUUUUACAAUAAAAAGGACCAGGGUAAAGGGGGAGGCCUGUCAGAGUGUGAGGAACAGUAAAUAAAUACACAAAAUGAAACAUGAGGCAAACAAGUUCAUAAAUGAGGAGCCGUAGUAAGGUUGAUUAAAACAAAGUCCCCUGUUCAGUGGUAAACCUUAGAUGAGUAGUAAUCUGCAUUGGAGGAGCCCUCCGUUAAGAUACACUCGUUAGUCAUGAUCCCAAUAGGGGCGGGGGGAGGGGCGGGCACAUGGUUAAGGAUUAAUUAUCAUGUUA